GACCCUUUCCUCUGUUUAUAUAUAUAUACUCACUUCAGAAAGCAUGUCAACUCAAAGCAAAAGCCUUUGAAAAUAUUAUACUUCACACAGAAAUAUAAUCGUUGGAUUAAGAACUUCCUCCCUUUCUCUGCUUUUAUUCUUUCCCAAGUUUCCUUCAGACGUUCUUUGUAAGAUGAAUCAUUGUACUCUUCAGCAGAACGACGCGGUUUUGGCUUACGAAGAGAUGAGAGGAUUGAUUGCAGUCACUGAUCAUCAAAAGGGUGGUGCAGUCGUUUGCCCCAAGCCUCGGCGAAUAGGGGUCCCCGCCACUAACCUGAACAAGCCAUGGAGAUUGCAUACGAAUCACCAAGCCGACGUGAGCGAUUCGAUAUCUGGUGUGGAACUUCUUGAUAUCAUCCUUGUUAAUAAGGAUUUAGGAACAGAACAAGAACAAGCUAUAGCCUCAUCACCUCCAUAUUUUUGUGGGUCGCCUCCGAGUAGGUCUGCGAAUCCACUAGUGCAAGAUGUUCGAUUUGGUGAUGAAAGGCUUGGACAUGCCCUUUGGACAUUGCAAACUCCGUCUUUGUUGUCGUCAUCAUCGGCAGGUAAAGGAGAACGUGGUAAGAUGAAAUUCGGCCUUACAUCGGCCACAGUUAGAGUUGAAGGAUUUGAUUGCCUCAACAGGGAUGGCCAAAAUUCCAGAAUCCCUGCUAUGGCUUAGAACAUAAAUUAAAAGGCAGGUGUACAUAUAGAAGGAAGUUAAGCUCCAUUGGAUAUAUCUUUGGGGGAAGAUUGUGAGAUAAUUUCUGUUUAGUACUGUACAUAUGGUUUAAGUUACUCUCCAAAUUUACUAUGGUUUCAUGAUAUUGUUCUUGAUUAUUUAGAGAGAGAGAGAGAGAGAGAGUUUGAUUUAGAAGAAAGGGAAGAAAGAGGAGAGGGAAAUGGCGAUUGAAGCGGAGGAGAUGACGUUGGGGGUGCGUUUUGGAAGGAAGCACAAUUAUACAAGAUUGUUUGAUCCAACAAUAAUUUAGCAUAAAAUUCAACUCAGCCGAUAUCUUCCUAGGGCCCAAUGAAGUCUAAUGAUUGUCGACAUUCUACAUUAAUGGAAACAAUCCCUUUUAUAUUAAGCGAAUAGAACAAAAAUAUUAAUUUUUAUAAGAAUUUCUA